AUGAGUGUAUCGUUAUAAACAAUGCUGGAGUAGUUAAAGAAUGCCUAAAGAAUAGAUUUAUCAGAAAUGUAUAUAGGGGAUGAUGGAGCAAGAUUGUUAUCGAAUUAUGUAAAAAACAAUAAGAAUUUGAAAUGUUUGGUAUUGAGAGGUAAUAAUAUUAAAGCUUAAGGGUAUAAAUGAAAAUUAAUAAUUAGAUUUUUGGAAAUAGUAACAGCAUUAAGAGGAUGUCCAUUAUUAAAGAUUUUAUCUUUGGAAUGGAAUUAGAUAGGAUCUGAUGGAGUAGGAAUAGAGACAUUAGCAGGAUUCUUAGUUUCAAAUAAGUCACUUUAGCAUAUUGGUUUAUCUAACAAUAAGUUAACAGGAGAUCAAAUAGAACCUUUAGCAAAUGCUUUGAGAUAGAAUACAACUUUAUUAUCUUUAGAUUUGAGGUGGAAUGCACUUGGUAAGAAAGGUGGAGAAUACUUAUUAUCUGCUGUAGGAGAUAACAAAGCAAUUCUCUAUUUAGAUUUAAAUGGAACAGAGAUAAUUUAAUAGGAUUAAGAAGCUAUAGAGGAUAUUUUAGAAUAACAUAGAGCUAGUAAUCCAAUAUAAAAGGAUAGAAUUUUAUCAAUUGAUGAAGAUAUAGUAGAAGAGGAAGAACCAAUGAUUAGUGGAUUGGCAGGAGCAUCAGUUGUUUAACAUUUGGAAUAAAUGUUAGAGUAAGAGAGAAUACAUACUAUGCACAUUAAAUAAAGAAUGGAAAGAGAAUUAGAUGAAUUAAUGAGGAGAGACAAGGCAGACACAAGAUUAUUAGAAGAAUUAGAUGCUAAAACUAGAUAAUUAGAAGCUGACAAUAGAGCCAGUUUAUAUUCCAUCGAGAAAUUGAGAGAUGAAUAUUAACUAAUGGAAAGAUAAUAAGAAGAUGUAACAAGAUCAAUGGAAGAGAAAAUUAGAUAGAAUGAAUUCAUUUUAAAUGAAUUAGAAAAAAAACAUAGAACUAAUUUAGAUAGAGCUUUGAAUGAAAAUAAUUUUAGAGCAAGAGAUUUAGUUAGGGAUUGGGAGAAUAGAUGUAGAGCAGUAGAAGAAAGAUCUAGAUAACUUGAAUAAGAAAAUAGGAUAUUGGAAGAAGAAUUAAGAUCUUUAUAAGAAAGAUAAAUUUAAUUAUAAUUAACUUAUGAUCAAGAAUUAAGAGAUCUUGGAAGAAGGAUUUAAGAAGAGGAAUACUAAAAAUAUCAUAUUGUUUCUACUACUUUGGAUGCCAAGAUAAGAGCUAUGGAAGAGGCUAGAGAUUUUAUUAUAAAAAGAAAUGCUGAUGCUGCAAGAGAGUAUGAUGAUAGAAUCUUAAAUGGAAAAUAAGAAGUCUAAGUAUUAUAUGAUGAAUUGGACAGACUCAAAAAUUAAAAUAAAGAUUUUAUUAGAUAAAACUAAGAGUUGAGAUAGAAAUGCGAUUCACUCAAAUAACAAGCUAAAGUUAAGGAGUCAGCUGUAGAAAAAUAUGAAAGUGAAAUUAACACUUUGAAUGCAUAAAUUGAAUAAAAAAGAAAAAUGCAAUCUGAUUCUUUAAAUUAGUUACUUAAUGAAUAGAAAAUAGAUCGUCAAGCUUGGGAAGUAAUUUUUGCAUUUUAUUAUAGAAUGAAAGAAUUCAAUAAACUGAAAGAAUUCAUAGCUUAGAAAAAGCAUUAAGAGAAUCUCAUGCAGAAAACACAAGAUUAAGAUAAGAAUAUUAAAGGCUAGGAGAGUUACUUUAAUUCAAUGUUUCUAAUGCUUUACAUCAAGCAUUUCAAGAUAAUGGAUAUUUUUGA